GCUCAACUGUUUUUCGGAAAACAAUUUUCUUAUUUCCUGUAAUAGGUGCACUCAGUGACAAUGAAUGAAUGGCAUACUAUAGCUCUUUAUAACCUUCCUAAUUGUUUUUUGACACUGAACUUAUUUGCCAUAUAUUAAAGGUAAUGAAAAAAUAUUUCUAUAAAUUAAUGAAAAAGCUGGACACAUAAGAAAAAAGAAAAAAAUCAUAAACUCCUAUACUCAGAAAUACAUCGCUUCAUGGGAACAAAAACCCGAAUUUAAAGGUUGGCGGAGGAGCAGCAAGAAAGGGUCCAAUUAUGCAUUCUGCAAGGCAUGCAAUAAAGAUUUUAUAUGUGGCAAAUCCGAAAUCCAGAAACAUUCUUCAGGAAAACAACACACCAAAUUGUUAAAUCAUUACACACACAAGAAUUAUCUUUAAAUAACAAAAUCAAAACUGCUGAAUUCGAAUUGCAGCAUGUGCAGCUGAACAUAACAUUUCAUUUAAUACUUUUAGACCACUUAUCAGAAAUUAUUAGAAUAUCAUUUGACGAUUCAGAGAUUGCUAAAAAUUUCACAUGUUCUCGCACCCAAGCUACAGCUAUUGUCAAUAAUGUUUUAGGGCAGUACAGUUUUGAAAAUUCUAUUAAUUUAUUACAUACAAAUAAAUUUUCAUUAAUUGCUGAUGAAUCUACCGAUAAAGGCGCAAUUAAACAUUUAGCUUUAGUGGCACGUAUUUUUUUGAACAAAAAAUUACUGACUUGUUCUUUGGUCUACUGCCUGUAGCACAUGCAAUGGCAGAAGGACUUUACAACACUAUUGUAAAUUAUUUUUUAGAUUGUAAUAUUAAUUAUAAAGAAAAUCUAGUAGGGUUUGAAUCAGAUGGUGCAAGUGCUAAGAAAGAAUACUUGAGCAAUAGGGUGCUUUAAAAUUAUAUUUUACAGAUCAGUGCUACAAUAAAAAUGGCAUUCAAGCACAAAAUAUCUUAAAUUUUCUUCAAAAUCCAUCUACCAUAUUGUAUUUACAUUUUUACACUUUGUGCUGCCGUUUUUUAUGGAAUUAAAUUUAGAAAUGCAUUCCGAAAAUAUUAAAAUACACAUUUUGUAUAAACGAGUUGAACAUGUGUUAAGAAUAAUUUUGGAUUGUUACAUGAAAAAGGAUUAUUUAGAGAAAUCCAUUCUGCUAAACAAAUCAUUAGGGAUGCUAAAGUUGUAGCAACUGAUAUUUUUCUAUAUAACUUUGGUAUGUAAAAUUCCACUUAAAUUUUCAGUCG